AGCUAAGCCUUCCCGCCCCGGCAAAAUACUCGACAAUAAAUUCUCUUCUUUUCUCUCUCUUAAGUUCCUCCAUAUCUUCUGAUCAACUUCUUCGCCUUCCUCUUUCUUCAACUUCUAAUCCUUAAACCUUGAAAUCAAUGGAGGUCGACGCUUUUUCCUCUUCAUUUUCAGGCCUCUUACAAUGCAAUGGAGAAGCUUCAACCGAGUCACCGACGAGUCAGUACAGAUUUAGUUCAGUGAGUGAUGAGUUACAGGAGAUUCCGAGUUCUGUUGCCGCGUUGCGAGUUCAGAAAGUGUACAGGAGUUACCGCACUCGCCGUAGGUUAGCGGAUACUGCAGUCGUCUCUGAAGAACUCUGGUGGCAAGCGAUUGAUUAUGCUAGGCUAAAUCGCAGUACUAUUUCUUUUUUCAAUUUUCCUGAAACGGUGGCGUCUCGGUGGAGUAGAGUCAGCUUAAUUGCUUCCAAGGUGGGUAAAGGUCUUUCUCAAGACUCAAAAGCGCAGAAGUUGGCUUUUCAGCAUUGGAUUGAGGCUAUUGAUCCAAGACAUCGUUAUGGUCAUAACUUGCAUUGUUAUUAUGAUGAAUGGUGUCAAGCAAGUUCUGGCGAACCCUUUUUCUACUGGCUAGAUGUUGGAGAUGGCAAAGAUUUAGAUCUCAAAGUAUGUCCAAGAUCAAAGUUACGCGAGCAAUGCAUUAAGUAUCUUGGCCCUCAAGAGAGAGAGCAUUAUGAAUACAUUGUUUCAGAGGGAAAAAUUAUACAUAAGCUAACUGGGGAUUUGCUCAAUACUAAGAAUGCGUCAGAAGUAACCAAAUGGAUAUUUGUCAUGAGUACUUGCAAAAAAUUGUAUGCUGGCGAGAAAAAGAAGGGAAAAUUUCAUCAUUCGAGCUUCUUAGCUGGAGGAGCUACCUUGGCUGCUGGAAGACUUGACGUAGAACAUGGUGCUCUCAAGUCCAUCUCUGCAUAUAGUGGACAUUAUCGCCCAACUGAUGAUCGCCUAGAUGACUUUGUUUUAUUUUUGAUCGAGAAUGGUGUAGACCUUAACCAAGUUGAGGUCAACCGAUCGAAUGAUGACUACUCUAGCUAUGAGGACACAGUAUCUAGUAUUGUGACGCGAACUAAAUCAGCAGAUUCCAAAACACCUUACUGUGCUAAAUCCCUUGUAGCAACAAGUGAUUGUGUGAUGGAAGAAUCUUCUCUUUCCGAGCUGGCUGAAUCCCGAAAUGAAUACAAGAGGACUUUGUCUGGUGGUCUUCAAAGUCCAAGAACCGAGGUGCCCAAAGAAGCGAUAUAAAGAAUCAAUUCGAAAAUGGCAGAUUCAUAUGAAUUGGGACAUCAGCUCUCAAGUUCAUGGUCAACUGGUGCUGGCCCCAGAAUCGGAUGUGUUGCUGACUACCCUUUAGAACUCAGGUUCCAAGCAUUGGAGUUCACCGAACUAUCUCCCAAAAAUCUACCUCCAUCAUCAACAUUCAGACGUGCUGCGGAUUUUAUUUCUCCGUCUCCUUCUGUUCCUCCGGUGCUAUCAUUAAGACCCGAUAGCUACUUAAACUCGUGAAAAUUACAGUGAUUCAGGAUGGCAUUAUAUAUACCCCUUUCGUACGCUUCAGUUUCUGCUCUAUUGUGAGUUUGCGAUGUUAACUUCUCUGCUAUGAUAUGGUUGGACUUGGAACCAUUAGCAAUCCUUCAUAUUUCAAGGUAAUCAACUUAAUUUGUAGUUGUUUCAUUAUUCCUGCUUUCUUUUCUGGGUUUGAUGAUUAAGUGCAUCCAAUAUUCAAUUUUCCUGUUACUGUUUUGAUUGUGUAUACUGUAUACAUAUUGUAAACCAUUGUUCCAUGUUACAGUAUUUUAGGGAUUUUAGAGUCAAAUAUAUACGGUUCUACUCUUUUAACUUUUUAUUUAAUAUAAAGAAUUUGUU